CCCCAAGGGGCGUGCUGGGGGGGGGAGGAGAGGAGACAGGUGGCCCCGAGGGGGUGUGCUGGGGGGGAGAGGAGACAGGUGGCCCCGAGGGGCGUGCUGGGGGGAGAGGAGACAGGUGGCCCCGAGGGGCGUGCUGGGGGGGGAGAGGGGACACAAGUGGACCUGAGGGGCAUGUUAAGGGGAGAGGAGACAUGUGGCCCCGAGGGGCGUGCUGGGGGGGGAGAGGGGAGACAGGUGGACCCGAGGGGCGUGCUUGGGGGGGGAGAGGACACAAGUGGACCCGAGGGGCGUGUUGGGGGGGGAGAGGAGACAGGUGGACCCGAGGGGCGUGGGGGGGGGAGAGGAGACAGGUGGACCCGAGGGGCGUGUUGGGGGGAGAGGAGACAGGUGGACCCGAGGGGCGUGCUGGGGGGAGAGGGGACACAAGGUGGACCCGAGGGGCGUGUUGGGGGGGGAGAGGAGACAGGUGGACCCGAGGGGCGUGUUGGGGGGGGAGGGGAGACAGGUGGACCCGAGGGG